AUGGUGGGCCAGGGGCUUCGACACCUCAUUGAUGAUCUUGGUGGCUGCAUCAUCUGUGGCCCCAAUGAUGGGCCCCCGCCCCCGCUCUCUCGGUUCCUUUGGGUUCAGCGCUCCCUCCCGGCCUCCCCCUCUCCCCCCGCACCUUCACAGUCGCCUGGCCGCAGCGCCCGGCUGUCAGGCAGCACGCUCAGGGCCAGCGCUACCGCCAGCCCGCGCGUAGCCCACAUCUCCUCUGCCUCCACCACCGCUGCCGCCGCCGCGCGAAUGAACCGCACCCGGCCCGGUGCACCGCCUAGGGGGCUGGAACACAAGCCGGAGCUUCCCAUUGGCGGGCAGCCUCCGCGCCCACCCAUAUGCCGCAUUCUCAUUGGUCCACGUGCCCUGGAGCCCAGGCCAGCGGCUCCACGCUACCCUUCCUCAUUGGCUGGUGGCGUCUGGAUCCUAGACAGCUGUCCGUUGCUGAUUGAGCCUGGGCGGUCCAUAGGAAACGGCUGGGCGGAAGCUGCACGGGCCGCCAUAUUGGGUAGGGGCAGCUGCUUUGGCUGCUGCCGGGCACCCUCCGAAUCUGGUGACACGCCCCGAGGACCCCUUCUUGCCUCUACACUCAGUCCCCUCCCGGGCCCCGGAUUCGUAGCGCAGGAUUUCUGGCGUCAGCAGACACCCGGCAGCAUAAGCGGCGCAAGCAAGGAUCAGAAGCAGCGGUUCCUUGUUUUGAGUCACCACGUGGAUUGGCGAACCAAUCUUUGAGACCGUCCACGUUCAUUCGCCGGCUGCCCACUCCCCUCCCUAUCCUGGGUCGGAAUGCAGAUCCGCCCAGAGGAAAGGCUCGAUGCCUAUCAAAGUCGGCUGCUGCUGUCUUGGACCUCUGAGGGCUCUGCCUGCGGCUAGGCAGCAAGCAAGGGUUGGGAUAGCCUCCCAGUGGAGGCCAGGGGAUCUUGUGUCCCACUCUUGGAGACGCGCAGAUGGGAACUGGAGAUGGUACCGCCUGGACUGCCCUAAUGCUAACUAUUGUGCUAGGGCUUGGCCACUCGCCCUCGAAGGCAGAAUACGGAGAGCGGCCGGCUAAGUACAGAAAAGUAUCUGGAGCUAAGAGGGCGUGGAGCCCGGCGACAAGGGUUUGAGAGGGGGCACUUAUGCUCCCAUUCAGUGAAAUCAGUGGAUCAAUAUCAGCAAAGGAAGAGGUCCCUAGUGCAAUUUCCAUGCUUCACCAUCGCUACCCUGGAAGGAGGCCUGGGUUCCUACUCCUGGACUCUGCAAUGCUGCAAAGUAAUUCUGUCUGUGCAAUAUCUCCAUAUAGCUCCAUGUGGUCUGGAACUGCAGGAGGAAGAAAGCAACUACUGCAUAAGGGAAGACCCAGAAAAAUGGAAACAAAAAAUGAAAUAAAAGAGAAGCCACAAGCCUUCAUGCUGCUGUGGCCUCUGGACAUGGCAA